UUUGCUCAAUUUCAAAAGAAAAAAAAUCCAAAAUAACGCAAUACAAUUGUCGUCUCUCUUUUGUUUCUGUUGUUGUCUCUCACUUUUCGAAAUAUUUUGUUUGGAAAAAACAAAACAAAACUCGAUUUGAUGACGCGUUCAGUAUUAUAUUUUUCGACAGCAAACAGAUCAAAUUGAUUGAAAAAGUCUCAUCACUAAUUUUGCAUAUGCAAAAUGGGCUCAAAUCUAUGUGAAUAUAUUCAAGACAGGAUUAAUAUUCAAUAUUUAAUACGACAAUUAUUACGAAUGGCUAAUGAUCAAACUGAUUGUUCAGCUGAGGACUGUAUGGAUGAUAAUAUUAAUAACAGUAUUGAUAAUAAUUUACAACAAGUUGAUCAUGGUAUCGGUUCGACGACAUUAACAUUUGGUUAUCUAUUAUUUGCAUUUCUAUUCAUAUGGAUGAUAUUACCACCAUUGGAUAAUAACAUACCAUUACAACCGCGACAACAACCAACUAAUGGUAAUCAACAAUCCACUAAAUUCACUGAAAAUAACCAUCAUGAUGAUGAUGAUCAUAAUGAUCCAGGUUUUACAACUUGAUUACAUUUUUAAUUUAAAUUCAUUUUUAUAAAAUUGAUAAUUGUUUUCUUUU